AUGAAGGUCCCAGAUGUGGUCACAGAGAUAGGGAUGGAGAUGGAGGAGUCUCAGAAUCAGAGGGAUGCGCGCGUAGAGGCGCUGUGGAAAAAGCUGGACUAUCAAAACAAAAAUGAGCUGGACUGGAAGGCAUUGCAGCGUGGACUAAAGAAGAUUGACCACCCUCUCAAGAAUGCCGAUGGCAUCCUCCAAGAGAUCAUCAAAGUUGUUGAUUCCAACGGAGACGGGAAAAUCCAAUAUGAAGAGUUCAGGGUUUUUGUCGAGGCUGCUGAGAGGCAGCUCUACCUCUUGUUCAAGGCGAUAGACCAUGACAGUGAUGGGAAACUCGACAAACACGAGCUCCAGGCGGCUUUCCAGCGGGCUGGACUCACCGUUCCGAUGCGACGACUCGGCUCUUUCUUUGAAGAUAUUGACAAGAAUAACGAUGGCUACAUCAGCUUUGAUGAGUGGAGAAACUUUCUCCUAUUCAUGCCAAAUCAGGAGGCGUCUGCGACUCUGCGCGCUGUCUUUACCUUUUACUCGGACAUUGUCACUGUGAGCUCGGAGGGGGAUUCUAUGCUCAACGACGACACGCUGCACAGUAUAGGUACGACCAUUAAAUCUCUUAUGCUAGCUCUUUUUGGUUCGAUUGUCAGGAUUGCCUCUCCUUUGGACCAGGACCGCAGCCAGAGCUCGUCUCCCCCACAAUCUUCACAAACGGCAGAUAAUAGCUCGCCAACCAUCGAAAACUCAUCACCCCAUUCAUCGCAACAAGACGUACACUCGAGCCAAAGUAACGGCAGCAGCGCCAGCAUGGAAGCAGCCGGUCGCGAACAACUCGCCAACACAGUGAGGGCAUCCGCAAACGCUCUACGAACAGCAGCAACAUCCGCAUCAACGGCGCCAGCCGCUCCAGGCGGCGCUACGACAACAGCACGAGGCACUGAUAUUGAACCUGACCUGAGUGAAAAAGAAGAAGAAACUGCCGAGGAAAACUGGCUGAUCAAAUACCUUCCCGAUUCAGGCUACUUUGUCGCCGGUGCAGUCGCGGGAGGUAUUUCACGUACCGCCACUGCUCCACUCGACCGCUUGAAGGUCUACCUUCUGGUCAACACCAAAAGCACAAGCCAUGCAGCCAUUGAUGCUGCCAAGAACGGCAAGCCCAUUGCCGCCAUCACCAAUGCGGCCAGGUCUUUCUGGGGGGCUACGCUGGAUCUCUACCGCAAUGGAGGUCUCAGAGGUUUCUUUGCAGGCAACGGACUUAACGUCAUCAAAAUCAUGCCUGAAACAGCUAUGCGAUUUGGAGCCUACGAAGCCGCCAAGCGGACCCUCGCACAACUCGAAGGUCAUGGCGACACGAAACACAUAAACCCUUAUAGUAAAUUCGCUGCGGGAGGUUUGGCCGGCAUGACAGCACAGUUCUUCGUUUAUCCCAUGGACACCCUCAAAUUCCGUCUUCAAUCCGAAUAUGUGGCUGGCGGAGCUCGUGGUUAUCCCUUGCUCAAGCAAACUAUCACGAAAAUGAAGGCUGAAGGCGGCUUCAGGCCCUGGUAUCGUGGUGUCACCAUGGGUCUCAUCGGCAUGUUCCCCUACUCUGCCCUGGACAUGGGAACUUUCGAGUUUUUUAAAACGUCCUGGAUCACAUACCAAGCCAAAAAGUUGGGCGUUCACGAGGAAGACGUGCCGCAACCAUCCGGCAUGAUGACUGGCAUCAUGGGUGCAACAUCGGGAGCUUUCGGUGCCUCGGUUGUCUAUCCUCUCAACGUUCUCAGAACUCGACUCCAAACCCAGGGCACCAGCAUGCACCCAGCCCGCUACACGGGUAUCUGGGAUGUCGCUCAGAAGACGCUAAAGAACGAAGGACCCCGAGGUUUUUACAAGGGUCUCGUGCCCAACUUGCUCAAGGUUGCUCCCGCGCUUAGUAUCACGUGGAUCGUUUAUGAGCGAGCAAAGGACAUCAUGGAACUUCAAUAG